CCGGCAAAUCCAGUGACGACCGACGACCGACUACUAACGACCGCCUCAGAACCCCAGCAAAUCCAUCGCCGACAACAUCCUACACGAUGGUCCGUUACGCCGCCAAUGCCAGCAACGAGGCCAAAUCGGCCAAGAGCCGUGGUUCUUUCCUCCGUGUCUCCUUCAAGAACACCCGCGAGGCUGCUCAGGCCGUCUCUGGCAUGAAGCUCAACCGCGCCAUCACUUUCCUCGACAACGUCAAGGAGCACAAGGAGGCCGUUCCCAUGAGGAGGUACGCUGGUGGAACUGGACGGACCGCGCAGGGAAAGCACUUCGGUGUUACCCGUGCCCGUUGGCCCAUCAAGUCGGCUGAGUUCUUGCUCGGUCUCCUCAAGAACGCUGAGGCCAAUGCCGAAGUCAAGGGUCUCGACUGCUCCAACCUCGUUGUUUCCCACAUCCAGGUCAACCAGGCUCCCAAGCAGAGGCGACGAACCUACCGUGCCCACGGUCGUAUCAACCCCUACAUGUCGAACCCUUGCCACAUCGAGGUCAUCGUGUCGGAGUCCGAUGAGACUGUCAAGAAGGCCACCGACGAGAAGAAGCACCCCAUCACCACUAGACAGCGCGCCAGGAUCUUGAACCAGCAGAGGACCAUCACUGCUGCGUAAGCGUGUUGGAAUCGUUGAUAAAAAAGUAAAUGGCUGCGGCGCACAUGGGGAAAUAGAUACAAAUCACAAUCUGUUUCCUCAACUCUUUUUUCUGUACUCGAACAAUGGAUUCAAACGGGGUUUUCUGGGGCACAAGUUUUUCUUCUCUUCUUUCUCUGUUGCGUGGUUUUAUCUCGGUCCAAAUUUCAACUAGGGAGUUUCGGAUUGCGUACAAUUGUGGUUCCCCUAGGUAUUCGAGGUAGAUGCAUGGAUGGAAGAGCAUCGGACAUCCGAAGCGAUCGCCUUCACAGUGAUCCUCGUUUUAAUGAUGCUUUUGCUGGAUAUCCGUCGGGAGAGGAUGGUAUGAAGAUACUCUGCCGCGUGAGAUGUUACCCAUGUCUGUAAAGCAGGUACAUAUAGCCAUAAGCACGGGUACUUACUUGUCUAAGUACUAGGACUUCAUAAGCAUUUGGCGACAUACUCCC